AAGAAACAUAAGAAAUAGUAAUUCUUUCCAAAAGCAAUAACUAAGCUCCAGUCAAGCAUACCAAUAAAUAUCUCGCAGACUGUUGUGAUAAUAUCAACUCCUUGAUAGCAUAAUUUUAAAAGGAUUCCACACAAAAGAAGCUUACAGAUGAUGCAUACAUGCUUAAAGUUCAUUUUUUUUAGAAUAUGUAAUGCCUUUCUAGGCAAUUGAAAUGGUUUGUUCACUCCUUGUGCAAGUGCAGUUUAAAAUAUUUCCUGUUAAUUAUGCAGCUGUUCUUCGCAACGAGAUAGCAUGGUUUGAAAAACCUGAGAAUAGUGUGGGCUUCCUCACUUCACACGUUGUUGGUGACACAUCCAUGAUCAAGACCAUUAUAUCUGAUCGAAUGUCUGUUAUUGUCCAAUGCAUCUCUUCAAUUCUAAUAGCAACCAUUGUAAGUAUGAUUGUUGACUGGCGAAUGGGUCUGGUAGCUUGGGCCGUCAUGCCUUGCCAUUUCAUUGGUGGUCUUAUUCAAGCCAAAUCAGCCAAAGGAUUCUCAGGUGACUUCGCUGUUUCUCACCGAGAACUUGUUGCCCUUACAUCAGAAUCAGCAAGCAACAUCAGAACUGUGGCCUCCUUUGUACAUGAAGAGCAGAUACUCAAGAAAGCCAAGCUCUCGUUAAGAGAACCGAUGCGGAUCAGCAGGAUAGAGAGUAUUAAGUAUGGAUUGAUUCAAGGGGUAUCACUUUGCUUGUGGAAUAUUGCACAUGCUGUUGCCUUGUGGUAUACUACAGUGUUGGUUGAUAAGAGACAAGCGACUUUUGUGAAUGGAAUAAGAUCAUACCAGAUUUUUUCACUCACGGUCCCUUCAAUCACUGAGCUAUGGACUUUGAUACCCACAGUCAUCUCUGCCAUCAGCAUACUAACACCUGCAUUCCAGAUCCUUGAUAGGGAAACUGAAAUUGUACCAGAUUCACCAGAAAUCAAGAGCCCAGAAAGAAUUUUAGGCAGAAUAGAAUUUGAAGAGAUUAGUUUCAAAUAUCCAUCAAGGCCAGAAGUUGUUAUACUAGAUAAUUUCAGCUUAAUUAUUGAAUCUGGACAGAAGGUGGCCCUUGUUGGGCCUAGUGGUGCAGGAAAGUCCUCUGUUUUGGCCCUUCUGCUGAGGUUCUAUGAUCCUCAUAAAGGAAGGAUUUUAAUUGAUAGGAAGGAAAUAAGAGAAUACAAUCUACGAUGGUUAAGAAAGCAAAUAGGGUUGGUGCAGCAAGAGCCACUACUUUUUAGUUCCUCAAUCAGAGACAACAUCUGCUAUGGAAAUGAGGGUGCUUCAGAAACUGAAAUAAUUGAGGCUGCAAUUGAGGCAAACAUUCAUGAAUUCAUAAGCAGCUUGCCAGAUGGAUAUGACACUGUCGUCGGCGAAAAGGGUUGCCAGCUUUCUGGCGGACAAAAGCAGCGAAUAGCAAUUGCACGAACUCUACUGAAGAGGCCUGCAGUAUUGCUGCUAGAUGAAGCUACCAGUGCACUGGAUGGACAAUCUGAAAGAAAAGUCAUAAGUGCCUUAGGAUCAAAAAGUGGGCCAUUGUUCAGAACCACUCAAAUUACAGUUGCUCAUAGGCUUUCUACAGUGAUUACUUCAGAUGUGAUCGUGGUAAUGGACAAGGGUAAGGUGGUUGAGAUGGGAAAGCAUGCAACAUUAAUUGCAGCAACUCAUGGCAUUUAUUUAAAGAUGUUCCAGCUGCAAAACCAGAUGGAAGGUUAAUUGAGUUGCAAAAUAGUCAGUUUGAAGUUCAUCGAGUGGUUUUCAGUAUACAUGAUAGGGAUAUCGCAUGUAUUUGGUACAUUCCUAGAUGGGCACUACAAUAAAGAAAGAGAUAUGUGACAUAGUUUCAACUUUCAACAUAAUGACUAUGAAAUUACAUAACAGAAUCAUGAGCCAAGAAAAUAGUAAUUGAUAUAGUGCUCAUCUUCAUAUGAUAAUUACCUUAGAU